CCAGCAGCUGUUCCAUUGGACGAAGAUGAUGAGAUCUUGAGAAUAUGACUGCGACAGCAAAUAACGCGCCAGCGAUGGCUACCAAGGAUAGCGGUGGAGCACUGUCAUCGAGCAUAAAGGGCGCUGGAUAUCUCUUUUUGCUUCAGCUUUCCUCCAGAGCAGCCACAUUCCUACUGAACAAUCUUGUUCAACGCGUUUCCUCAAUACAAACGGUUGGGAUUGCCUCGGACUUGGAAUUAUUGUCCGGCACAGUGUUGUUUUUGUCGAGGGAAAAUCUGAGAAUGGCUCUGCUGCGGACCACGGAAGCCGACUCUCCGAAUGUGUCGGAUCCGUCUACGAAGGGAGAAGUGGACGUUAGUGCAAAUGGUCUGGUUGGUAACCUGCGAAAAAGGAAAACUGGUAAUGCGGUACCUAAACCCUCAGAGGAGUAUAUGGGCGGGAACGCAAUGCAGCAACAGAAACUUAUCAACCUAUCCUACUUGCCUAUAUUGGUCGGCGUAUUUCUCGUCGCGGCGUUUCUAUGCUAUCAUUAUACAGUACCGACGCACGGGAGGCCAAUGGGUGCAUUGUGGGUCUAUCUUCUUGCUGCAAUUGUAGAGCUAGGAAGCGAACCGCUGUACAUCUUGUGCCAAAGCAGAUUCUUGUAUGAUGUUCGAGCAAAAGUGGAAGGCACGGCCCUGUUAGUGCGCUGUGUUACGACAUUCGCUUUGACCAUGACCAUUACGUCGCUCAAGUCUGCAUCGAUUUUUGGGUUGAAAAUGGGCGGUGCCGAAGCCUACGCAUGGGGCCAAUUGGCGUACGCAGCUUUUCUGAUCCUUGGUUACGUCCGCGCCUUAAAGCGUCAAUCCGUGAUGUCACGAUUGUCAUAUAGCACUGAAUCCAGCUCCGCUAGCCUAUCGCAUUUAUUGCGUCCCUGCAAAAUCAGAGAAAUAACUGGGCAUGGGAAAACGGAAUCAUUCUACUUGGACCCGUAUCUUUUGUCAGUAGCAGGAAGCUUUACUGCACAAUCAGCCCUCAAGUAUAUCCUUACAGAAGGGGACAGGAUCCUACUCAUGUGGAUGGGUCGCAAUAAUGACGAGAAGGGCGCGUAUAAGAUGGUGUCCGACCUGGGCUCGUUGAUUGCACGAAUAGUCUUCCAGCCAUUGGAAGAAACCGCUCGAGCGUUUUUCUCUAGGACACUGAGCAAUCCCACUGGCGUCCGAAAAGAGUCUCUCGCAACUUCCUUAGAUCUCUUAUCAACGUUGAUACGCUUUCACUUGUGUCUCGGCACCUACUUCGUCUUUUUCGCUACCAAUUACAGUGGAACCUUGAUCAGUAUCUUGUACGGCAACACCAAAGCCUCCACACCAGAUAUCGUUCUUGCCCUGUCCAUCUACUGCCUUUAUGUCCCAGUAAUGGGCAUAAACGGUAUUACAGAAGCCUUCCUCCAAGGUGUGGGUGAUUCCCAUACGAUAAAAAAGCAAAGCUACUGGCUUGUGGUGUGCUCCGCGGUAUUCGCACUCGUGGCUUACGUCACGAUGAACCUUUUCACGAUGGGUCCUGGAGGACUCGUUGUGGCGAAUAUCGCCAAUAUGAUUAUGCGGAUAUAUUUCUGCUGGCACUUCAUACGAGAGUUUUACUUGCAGUCAAGGAAGUGGGAACAGCCCUCGGACAUGAAACGAUCACUGUCGGUGAAGGAAAUGAUUCCGGGUGAUGGCAAAGUAUAUGCGACCCUGGUUGUGUCGUGGAUUGUGACGUAUAUAUUUCCUUUGUUAUACGGAUGGGAUACCUGGAAGAGCAAGAUUUUGCAUAUUCUCCUCGGUGGGGCAUGCGCUUUUGUGACGUCCGCUCUAAUGUACGCGUCAGAGAGACAGAAGCUGUUUGGAAAGCUGCGAGAAUAUUACCGGAAAGCAAAGAGUGGGAAAGAAUAUUGAUUGCAUGCAAUGGGCCAUCGAACUGUUGAAAUCUACGCUCGUCCGCCCACCGCCAUGCAGAAUUUUAUAAUCAGAUUAUUGUACAUGAAUCGUAAACACAUCUUUAAUCAAGUAGCGGAUGCGAUUCCGCAAACAAAGAAAAACUGAAAACAUCUACCCCCCAAAAAAUACCCAAACUACAG